AUGUCGCAAUACGACGCUCACAGUAUCGGCCGCGCAAGCAGCGUGAGCCGCAAGAGUAGCAUCGCUAGCCGCAAUGCCAGCUUGAUCAAGAAGAACACGGGCCCCACCGAGCUGCGCCCAUCCGACAUUCUCAUCGAGCGUUUCAAUGGUGAGUGAGGCGGCGAAGAGCAUACGCUUCUUCCAGAUGCACACCCCUCUCGCGUGUGGAUGCGCAUCCUAAAGGCAGGCAGACGCGCACACUCUGCCAUGCCAUGCUGACAUCACGCUCACCCUUGCACCAGGCUGGAAGCACAUUACGAAGCAGCUCAUCAGCUACUUUGAGGGCAUCGCAGACAUUGAGUACAACACCGCCAAGGAGCUCACCAAGCUGGGCGGCGUGAUCCAAGUGCCUUUCAGAGAGGGAAGCCAAUUCUUGGGCGAGGACGGCAUCCAAGACGUUUACUACAGCAUCCGCGACAAGACUCGCGUCAUUGCCGAUCACCAUGCCAAUUUGGCAAAGACUGUCGAGGGAAGCAUCGUUCAGCACCUGCAAAAGCUCAGGUCCGAGAUCAAGGCUCACGUCAAGAAUGUUCAGCAAGAUACUGGCAAGCUGGCCAACAGCGUUGCCAAGGAGCGCGAAAUGAGCACAAAGAUGAUUAGCGAUCUGGCUAGAAGCAUCACCCUGCUCAAAAACACGCCCAUGAGCGUCACGGCAAAGGAGGAUCCUUAUAGCGCCAACAACAACGUCUUUCGUCAGCUUCAAAAGCAAGUCGCAGAGGAGAAUGCUCUGCAAAAGAGCAUCAUCAUCAUGCAACAGAACAGCGCUCACUUUGAGGAAGGCAUCGUCCGCUCCAUCCAGAGCGCGUGGCAGACCUUUGACGAAUGGAGCGGCCGCAUGUCCGCGCAGGUGCAAGACACUUGGCUCGGACUGGGCGUCCAGAUGAGAGGUCUGCAACCCAAUGCCGAGUGGAUCGCCUUUGCUGCUCGAUCCGACCACCUGCUCGACCCAGACACGCCUUUGAGAAACCCAGAGACGAUCGACUAUCCCGGAAAGGAGGACCCAUCGGUCAUUCCUGUUCACCAAGGCAUUCUCGAGCGCAAGAAGCGAUUUACCAAGUCUUACAAGGAGUCCUUCUACGUCCUCACUCCUGCCGGCUACCUGCACGAGCACGGCAGCUCCGACGCAACCACCCACCCAAACCCUGAACUCAGCUUGUUCCUGCCCAACUGCACUCUUGGCCCCAUUCGCGGCACAAAGUUCCACAUUGAAGCCGCUGCAAAGACGAUGCCUGGUCUGUCCAAGCUUCCCCUCUCGCGCGAGCAUUCGUACACAUUCCGCGCUCGUUCGGAGGAUGAGACGCACGAGGUGAGCUGUGCGAGGCUUCGACACAGCAAAUGCAUCUCGCUGACGUAGUUUACCUCGCAAGCAGUGGUGGAACGACAUCAAGCAGCUGUCCAAGGUCUACCUCACCUCUUCUGCGGUCAUGGACCGCACCGGCCCCGUUCCAGCAGCCGUGCGCGCUGCAGGCUACCGCUCCGAGCCCGAGGAGGAGGAGGAGGAUGAGGAAGAGGGAAGCAGCGUGGAGGAGGACGAAGACGAGUACGAGGAGGCUCAAGAUCAAGCCGCCGCCAAUGCUCAGCACAAUGCUGCCCCCGCUGCCACCUCCAGCGGUGCGCCUGCCGCUGCUGCCCCUAGCGCCGCCGAAGAGACGCCUGCUUAUUCUGGCGCUGGAGCAGAAAAGGCUGGUGUAGAGAUUGGCCCCAACGGUGAGUUGUCGUCGCGAUCCGUGCUGCACACGUAUCUGAUCACCAGAGUUGCAACUUUUAGGCUAUGCCGUCGAAAAGAAGGGCGAGCCUGCUGCGACUGCUGGACCAAGUGCGGGUGAGUUGCGGGGUCGUCAAAAGAAGUCCGAUGAGACUCUCACACGUGCUCUCCACGCCUCCUGUACAGCCUAA